UGUACAUUUGUGAGGCGAAGUAGGACAAUUUUUUUUCUUUUAGAAAAGUCUGCAAGCUCAAAUCUAUAACUAAUUGUUACAAAUCAGUCUAUGCACAUGGGAAAAUCACUGUCUGAGCAGCCGGCAUCUAAACCAUACCAGGGUGUCAGAGUCAAAGACCCUGUAAAAGAGCUACUGCGCAGGAAGAGAGGAAAUACAGCCAAAGCAGCGCCCCCAACUGCGGUCGUGGUUCCCAACAACUCCUUGUCAUCGUACACACAUGUUGGGCCUUCUGGACUCCUGGGGACCAACCAGAGUGUCCAGAAUGAGUCGACUGUGGACGUUGGAGCCUUGUGCCCAGGCUGGGUCACCCAGCCCAGCAGCUCGGCUGCUUUCCAGCCGCUCAGCCACUGGGCUCCUCCGGAGUAUCUCCACCAUGACCCAGGCAUCGCAACGCUCCCCUCCCUCACCACUGACAUGUAUGUCCAGCCCAUGUGUCCCAGCUACACAGUGGUGGGCCCAUCCUCCAUGCUGACUCUGACGCACACACCUCUGUUCACCAACCUCGGGACCAUAGGGCCCUCCAGCUCAGCCCUGCCUCAGGUGGAUGUUCCUGACAGCUCGCUGGCAUACAUUCCAUGGGCCCAGCCCUUGUCCACACUCCCUGGAUCUGUCAUGCAGCGGCCCCCCUGCCCACAACCUAUUGCCACGCCCCAGUUCCUGCCUGUGUCACUGCCCCCUGUGUCCACACCCAUGUCGGAACCAGAACCCCAGCAGGUGGAGCCCCCUCCGGCCUCAGAGGGCACUCUAGCUUUGGAAAAGCUUCUGGAAGAGGAGGAGGAACAAAAGGAGUCCUAUGCAUGCAGUCCUUCUCUGUUUACGCAAGACAUUUAGGAUACUUAUGUCUAAAGUCUCUUAAACUCUGUGCUUAUUAACUUCAGGUUUAUUAUCCAGCAUCUAAUAUGAACUAUUUAGUAACUAAUGUGUAUUAUAUGUUUUAUAUGAUUUUGAUUUAACUUGAUUUAAAUGUAUACAUCAUUUCCACCUAAAUAAAGCAUAUUGUGGCAUCAGCA